AUGCUAAAUGGUCUUGCAGUUGUUUUGAAAUUGGUAACAGCUGAUUACUGUCCGAACUAUGUGAGUUCGCGAAUACAAGAAUGCGUAGCUCCGGUAGCUGAUUAUGCGAAAAUUAUAAAUCGAAAUGAAGGAAGACGUUCAGGUACAGAUGAGAUUGCAGCCCCAUUCUCUUUACCUAACAUGGGUGGAACUGUGUUCAAUGACUUAUGCAAAUUAAUCGCCAAAUUCAAUGAAUGUGUGCGAGAGCAGCGAAUCAAAUGUCCACGACAUGUCACAAUAUCUUUAAUUGACAGCUCUUAUGGAUAUUUAUGUAAUGAAGGAUAUAACACAUUCAUGGAGUCCGCCGAUUGUCUCAUGGAUCUUGACCGUCGACCGAAAGUCAAAAUGUGUCACGACGAGACGUUGAGGGAGAUUGAAACAGCCAAUAGUCAGGUAGAUAUAGCUAUUGAUGCGAAGAUGGACAGGAUGUGUGGGGCAUUGAACUUCUUCUCAGGAUGUGUUCGACCUCAUAUCAGAGAACGAUGUGGUAAAUCAGCAUGGCAGGUCAUAUUCAGAGUUCUCAAAGAUACGACAAACACACUAAUGCCUGCAUGUCAGUUUACUGGAACAUCACCUAAACUGCAACUGCUCAACAAAGUACAAGAGGAGACGUCUCCUGCACAAGAAGUAUCAAAUGAUAUAUCAAGUGAUGAUGCUAAAGCUCUUUCAUCUAUUUCUUCACCCAAAUCGUCUUCCACAUCAACUAAUUUGCCUUCAACAUCAACUACUCCAACAAUAAACUCUAGUGAAUCUACUAAAAAAACUAUGAGGAAAAACAUUAUGAAUUCAGAACUCAAACAAUCUAAUACUAAUAGCUUCAGAACUCUUUAUUCUGUCUUUUUUGUUAUUUCCAUAACUUAUUUCAUUGUAUAA